GUGGAUGUUCGUCUGCUACAGAACCACCACCACUCCAACAGAGGAGUGAGUUGCAAGUUUUGGUGCUUAGGAGAGUCAUCCAGUUUGCGUUAGAAACAGCAGUGAGUCAGAGAGUGAUAAUAUUAAAGAAUGGAAAUGGAGGUAGAUUCUGCUGAUAGUAGUGAAGAACUAAGGCAUAAGAAACUGGGAUUUCGUCCUCAAAAAGAACUGAUAUUUAACAAAUUUCUUCCUUACGCGGAAGGAAUCGACGAGGAAUCGGAAUCAUUCCUAAGUGAAAUAAAAUGGAACUUGUCUAGAGCAGUAUUGUUUCGUGAGUUGAGGCCAGGAGUUGUUACUUGGACUGGCCGUCUGAUACGCUACAUUAAUUUGUAUGGGCUCAAAUUUUCGAAAGAAGAUCAUGUAAAAUUUGUCAAGCUCUAUUAUGAUCUCAUUGUUAUACCUGGCCUGGAGGCCUCAAUGAUUUCUCUGUUUGCCAGCACUUUGAGUGGUUUGCUUAAAAAACAGUACUUGAUUAGUCCACAAGAGUUGCAGCUUCCAUGGAAACCUCUUUACAAGGUUAUGAAAACAAUUUUGGAUUCCCCUUAUGAAGAUGUUGGCCUCUAUUAUAUUCCAGCUUCCAUGGAUUCAGUUCUCAGGACUGUUGUCAAGCUUUGUCGUGACUACUUCCCGAUUGAAGCAACAGAAGAAAUGCUAGAAGAAUGGAGACCUCUGCUCUGCCCCUUUGACAUGACAAUGCCCAUGGGUGUUAGUUUAUUUGAAACAUUCUUACCUACUAAAACUGAACCAAAGAAUCACGAAAAAAGUUACCUUCUGUGGUUUGAAGAAUUCAUUGGUCUCUGGAGGAUGUGUCAUAAUAAACCCAGCUGGGAGUUUGAUUUACUGCUGCUAUUUUCACGCCUUGCAGACAACAACAUCGGCCAAAUAAAUUGGGAACCUGUUAUGCCAUUAAUGUUUUGUAAAAUUUUGAACAAUUUCGGAUUACCAGUUGGUUACAGGCAUCAAAGAGGUCAAAUUGGUCACAAAUUUGACCUUGGGGCGGUUGUUACGUGGAUAGUUGCCACCCUUGGAGGCGGUAGCAGUUGCCAAGAUCAUUUAGAUGCGCUGUUUAAAGCUAUCAAUAGCUAUUACCAUCCAUCUAACGUUGGCACCUGGCACACGAAAUUGAACGAUUUUCUACGUCGCCUACCUGCAGCUUUCGUAAAACGGCUACAUCGUGAACGUUCCAAUAAGAAAAGUUGGCUUACUGCAGUUCCGGAAAAUGCAAAGCUAACUGAAAUUGACAUCACUCGCUUUGUCGAAAGUGUUCUUCCAGUAGCCUUACUCGCAAUGUUCUCUCGUGCUGGAGCAUAUGAAGCUAGUAUAGCCUUUCAUCAACUUGCUCAAUUGAAACCGGAAUUAGUUAUUCCUCCACUUCUCGAACGACUCUAUUCUGCAUUGGAUACAGUGACCGAACCCCACCGUUUGACAGCUACAUUGCAAUGUCUAGUUUCUGUGAUUCGACCUUUAGUUAGAGGCGAAGCGUAUCCAGAAGGGCCAUCCCACGUCCUUCCACUUUUAAUGGCCUGUCUUCCGGCAAUCGAUCCUAACGAUAUUAGAAAGACUUUGGUCACAUUUCAGUUGGUUACUUCCAUUGCAACCUUAGUGCCUUUCGUUGAUUGCUCUGGUGCCAUAUCGCAGCGUUCAGAUUUGACAGAAGAAGAGGAAAGAGUAUGUUCUGCCACCGCCGGAUUUGAGGAUUUUGUUCUGCAAUUUAUCGAUCGAUGCUUCAAUUUGGUAGAAAGCAGUUCUCUCGAGCAAACGAGAUUAGAUAAGGCAAAAAAUGUUGAAAAAAUGACGCGUGAGGAAUCCUUGUUGGAAGUUGGCCUUUCAUCUACGAUAGCCUCGCUUGCGAUGCAAUGCUCGGGGGAUAUUUUCGAUGUUGCCUUGGGCAAGCUGUAUUCGUUUGUCGGCGGCCGUGCCUUCGAACCACAUGUUGCAGGAAAGUUUGCUGCCCAUAUCGUUGGCUCAGUAGCUAAAGUCAACACCGCCAAAGUGCUGCAGACCUUUCUGCCGAGUUUAUUGAAAUCUUUGGAAAGCACGCUUGCUUCCGAUGACAUUCUAGUAGAAGAAAGACAAGAAGACGAGCUCAUGUUUAACUUACUUCUGUUAUCAGAACUGAUGCGAUGCCCUGGAACUUUUUUGCUUCCUUUUGCUGAUCAGUUAAUUCGUGUGCUGGAUCGUGCCUUAAUGCUUAAAGCUCGAGAAGCCUACUUGUCUUCUGGCACUGUACUCACCAACUUGUUGAAAAGUCUAACAACGAUUUAUCCGACGGAUUUCCGUAGCGUCGCUGAAGGAUAUGAUCGCGCAUUGUCUGAAUAUUUACCCAUACGAGAUUGGGGCAAACCUGGAGAUUUAAACAAUCUUCAAAUUAAAUGGCAUUUUCCGAAUAAGGAAGAGCGUUUCCUAGCAGAAAAAUUGUUGAAGAGAUAUUUGGAAACCAAUUUGAACAAACUUGACGAGCAUGCUGAUCAAAUCAAAACACUGUCUAGGGAAGAACUUCAACGAACCCUCAACCAUACGCUGGACUGCAUCUUAGGUGCUGGAGCAGUCCUCCCUCCUUGGCAAGAAGAGCCGAUUUCUAUGGCUGAGUCGAGUGUGAGAUUGGCUCUUCCGUUACAGUUCUCCCAUGCUGAUGCAGAACACUGGCAAAUAUCGUUUUCAAACGGCAAACAUGUUCGACUAACUAUCGCCCAAACACUAUUCAAGGUUGUGCGCCACCUUCUCUCCACUGGUUCCGACGAUACAUUUGCCCUCUUCGGCACGAUUUCCAUCUGCCAAAUGCUACUCUUCCACUACGGUGUCUUGAAAGAAGACUUUGAAACUCACCAGAAGAAUUUUCAAAUGGUGAAAAAAGUGCUCGGUAGCAAUUUGAUUGGUCGGAAAGCAGAUAUCCGAGCCUUGAUGGUUGAUCGCAUUCAACUUCAACAUGAACUCCGAGUCCUGGAGAGUGCCUUCACCCUGAGCGUAGUGACUCCCACGAUGCACAUGAUUCUUAAAGAUCUUGUCCAGCUGGCAACUUCACAGUAUUCGGAAGUACGUAGCCGUGCGCAAGGCGUCCUUAGUUAUUUACAACGACAGUCUCCCAAAGCUUACCAAAUUAUAAUGGAAGAUUUACUUAAUGGACUCAAACCAGAAGCGUCACACGAACAGUUGAAAGGUACUCUGUAUAUCCUUGCUGAACAUUCAUCGAAGCAAAGAUCUUUGCUAGUAAUGCACAAUUGGAGCGUUGUCAAGGAACUGUGGAUCGCCGUUGCUCGCAUUUUACCAUCAGAGAAACCUUCAAUCAUCCAGCUGGUGACCGCCAUUUCUAUGUUGCUGAUGCGCACUAUUGAAACGACAUCAGUCCACUUAACAUUCACAGACAGAUGCAUCACUUCCGCACAACUCUUAACAGAAGCAUCGCUUGAAGAGAAAGAAUUAGAGCAGGCAGUUCGAAGUGAAAUGGAAGGCGGUCAGAAAAAUGAACAACUCUACUACGAACUGCUUGAUUCCCUCGUCGAGAUUCUUACCAAUGGUUCUCUACAUUGGCGGAUGUAUAAUCUAGCUUUCCACAUGCUUUGCUUGCAGCUGCGUGGGGAUCUUCCCGCACCUCCUAAAAUGAUCAGCGUUUUCGUCCAGAAUCUAAUACAUGACGCAAUUGCCGUGCGCAAAGUUGCCAUUAAAGGAGUUGCAGCUAUAUUGAAGCAGCAGAAAAAGCAGCACAAGAAAAUAGUUGUGAAUCCGUCUGAUAUAGCGCGCCAGUUUAGCCCUCCAGAGUUUAAAGAAAGCCCCAGAAGUGGUUCAGGAGACCAAUGGGACAAUGGCUGGUUGCAGUAUCAAGGAAAAAGGCUUCCCAAGACGGUUGAAGAAUGGAAUCAACCUAGAUUUGUCCAUAAAACGCAUUUUGGGUUUUAUUCCUGGCCAAAAGUCAUGGAAAUCUACGCUCCAGAAGACCAACAACCAAGCUUACCAGAAAAGACCACCAUUGGAUUGCUGACCCCAGGAGAGAAAGAGAUUUUCUCAUUUUUUGAGAGUGAUGCAAACAUAGAAAAGUUUGUUCAUUUCUUGUCUCUGGAAGACAGGAAAGGAAAAGACAAAUUUGGUGCUAUUAGAUUUUCUUUAUUCAAAGGCCUGUUCCGCAAUUUUGGGGACUUGUUUCUCAGCCGGAUCCUUCCACAUCUAGAGCGUCUUGUAUGUGAUCAGCAUGAAGCAUCUCAAAGGUGUGCUGCCGAAAUCAUAGCGGGCUUGAUACGGGGCUCAAAGCACUGGUCUUUUGCGAAAACAGAGGCGAUGUGGAACGCUCUUUGUCCCAUUUUAAGAACAGCAUUCAGUAACGUCAACGUCGAAAGUAUUAGUGACUGGGGAACAGCGAUUGCGACAGCGUCGGAAUCAAGGGAUCCCAAUCGCAUUGGUUGGUUAAUGGAACUUAUUCUAGAAGAUCGUCUAGAACAGGGAUCAUUUACUGACUCGAGUCGACUGUAUAUGCUUCAAGGAGGGAUUUCUCAACAGGAAUGGAGAGUGUCUGAGCUUCUUUUCCGGCUUUUGAAACUUCUUCGUCCGUAUCUGAAUCAUCCUUAUCAAAACAUGCGUGAUCGUUUGGGUAGUGUGCUAACAAAUAUAUUCCUCCACGAUAUUGACCUUCCUGGCGGAACUGCCAGUUCGUCUCCCCGAGUCAAAGAUUUCGUCGAUGAAAUUCUGCCUCAAUUGUCUCUUCUUUUGGAUAAUGGCAAUCGUGAUUCUCCGAUUGACUGGAAUACAAUUAAAGGCGACGAAGAACGCAACAAAUCUUUACGUCUAUUGAAAACUGUAAGCCAGUGGUUAUCUGGAAUGUGGACCCGCAGCUAUGGUUGCCAGCCGGAAGCUCAAUUGCUGCUACUGCCCUAUCUCUUCGCAGCUGAAAGCAGCGAUACCGAUAAAGAACUGGCUCGCGAAUGUUCUCUUGCUUUGUGCUUCAUUUCCGCUACGGUGAUGCGUCCUUCUACCAUUGAGGUUGCUUUGAAGAUCAUUAAACAAGUUGCUCAUCAAGGUUCCUGGAAGGCUAGAAUAGCUUCCCUAGAAUUUCUUCAAGUGUUAACGUUCAGUAAUCUAUUCAACGUCACGUUUAUUUCGGAUGGAGUGGAUAGCGUUGCAUCAUUGGUUACGUUCUUGUUGGCUGAUGAACGUUUAGAAGUUCGUGAGAAGGCGGCUCAGGUACUCGGGGGCUUGCUCCAUUGUGGUUUUGUCGACCGUGAAAAGAGUCAACAGUUGCUAGACCAGUUUCAGAAGCAGAUCAGUCACAGGUGUCAUCGCAGCACACGGGCUGCAUCGUUGGCAGAUGUCGACAUGGCAUUGAUCGUUAAAAGACAUGCCGGAAUCUUGGGACUGUGUGCAUUUGUUGACGCUUUCCCCUAUGAUGUUCCCGACUUCUUACCCGAUGUUUUGAUCGAACUGGGAAAUCAUCUCAACGACCCUCAACCGAUUCCAGUGACCAUCAAGAGGACGCUUUCAAACUUCCGGCGAACUCAUCACGACAAUUGGCAGUUCCAUAAGCAAAAAUUUUCUGAUGAUCAACUUGUCAUAUUAACAGAUUUGCUCGUGUCGCCAAAUUAUUACGCAUGAGUUGUCUUCCGUUCUGUCAUAACGUGUGUUGUGAAGUUUAUUGAAGGUGAAUUCUAUGGAUUAAGUUGAUGGAAAUUUAGCUCACGUUUUGAAUGGAGUUUUUAUGAUUUCACAGUUGAAUCAAUGUUUACCGAAAGGAACGUUUGCAAAAGCGAAUAAAAUAUUAAAAGGGAA